AUGCGCAUCUCAAACCUCGUCGUCAUCGCCGCCCUUCCCGCCCUCUCCCUCACCCAAUCCCUUAAUUCUCUCGCCACAGACAUUCCAUUAUGUGCUUUAGGACCUUUAUCCAUCGCCGCGGGGGAGAAAAACUGUAAUAGUGACGCGCAGUGUCUCUGCAAGGACCAGACUUUCAUUAGUUCCUUGACGAAGAAAGUGGAGGCGGCGUGCUCGAAGGGUGAUUUUAAUAAGGUGGUCACGCUUGCGACGAAUGCGUGUAAGAGUGCGGGUGUGACGGUUGAUAUUCCGGUUGGGGCUGCGGCGAGUAAUUCGACGGGGAGUUCGACGGAUGUCUCGGGGGGGAGGUCGUCGACGGUGAAUUUGGUGAUCAUGGUUGGGGCUCUCGGCCUGGCGAUGCAGGCAGUGCUAUAG